GUAGCGGCGCGGGUAUGUGUGAAUAUUUCGCGGGAGAUCAGCAGCAGGCACAGUGACUGUUAACUGUCAACACGAACCAUAACUAUUCUCUAAAGUCAACACAAUGAGUCUGUGGGUGGACAAAUACCGACCGACGGCUCUCGUGAAACUGGACUUUCACAAGGAGCAAGCGGCUCAGCUCAGGAACCUGGUUCAAUGUGGCGACUUCCCACACUUGCUGGUGUACGGCCCAUCGGGGGCGGGGAAGAAGACCCGCAUCAUGUGUCUGCUGCGGGAGCUGUACGGAGCCGGUGUGGAGAAGCUUCGUAUAGAGCACCAGACCAUCGUGGCUCCUUCAAAGAAGAAAAUUGAGAUCAACACAAUAGCCAGCAACUAUCACUUGGAAGUCAAUCCCAGUGAUGCAGGAAACCAGGACCGUGUGGUUAUUCAGGAGCUGAUUAAAACUGUGGCUCAGUCCCAACAGAUCCAGUCAAGCACGCAGAGAGAGUUUAAAGUGGUGCUGCUAACGGAAGUGGACAGACUCACGAAGGAUGCUCAGCACGCUCUGCGUCGCACCAUGGAGAAGUACAUGUCCACCUGCCGCCUCAUCCUCUGCUCCACCUCCACCUCCAGAGUCAUUGGGCCAAUUCGGAGCCGUUGUCUGGCGAUCAGGGUUCCUCUGCCCAGCACGGAAGAGGUCUGUGGUGUUUUGACAUCAGUCUGUAAAAAGGAGGGUUUGAACCUCCCGUCCGAGCUCGCCAAGCAAAUCAGUGAGAAAUCGGGUCGCAACCUCCGCAAAGCUCUCCUGAUGUGCGAGGCCUGCAGAGUGCAGCAGUAUCCGUUCUCAGUGGACCAGGAGGUCCCAGUGACGGACUGGGAGGUGUACCUCAGAGAAACGGCCAACGCCAUCGUCAGCCAGCAGAGCCCUCAGAGGUUGUUGGAGGUCCGAGCCCGACUGUACGAGCUGCUGACUCACUGCAUCCCUCCUGAGAUCAUCAUGAAGGGACUGGUGACGGAGCUGCUGAGUAACUGCGAUGGUCAGCUGAAGACCGAGGUCGCCCACAUGGCGGCUUACUACGAACACAGGCUGCAGCUGGGAAACAAAGCCAUCUACCACCUCGAGGCCUUCACUGCCAAGUUCAUGGCCAUCUACAAGAAGUUCAUGGAAGACGGUCUGGACGCCAUGAUGUUUUGACUCUGGACUUUAUUACUGUUACUUAUCUUGAAGUUGAAGAUCAACGGCAAUAGCAGUUUAUUUGUUUGCAUAUGUUUUGCAUACACAAGAUGAAUAUCAGCGGACAGAUUUACAUGUGUGUUCUGAUAGGCACUGUGGCGACCCCAGUUUGUGGCUUUAUGCCCAAAAAUAUAGCACUGGACAUUUUGUAAUCCUUCACUCUAAUGGUGUGAAAAACGGAUCAUACGUUAGAUACGUAGCCAAAGAGAGAAGCUUCGAUAGUGACUGUAAA